AUGAGUCUCGCUGAACUUGAUGUAAACAUCGAUUUGAGCCUACCUCGCAAAAGAGUCCAUCUUGAUUUAUAUUGUUCAGAAACGAUUGAUAUUCAAGAUUCUGUCACCGGAUUUAAGCCUUCUGAUACAGACACUCUUAAAUUACUGCAAGAAAGAGAAGCAUCUUUUGGAAUUAAUCCUUUUUAUUUUGAAACUAUUCAAACAGAGAUAACACCGUCAAUGCGCCUUAUGCUGGCUGAUUGAAUGAUAAAAGCUGCUCAUGAUUUUUCAUUGAACCGGGAAACUUUUCAGAUUGCUCUUACUCCUUUAAUAGAAAUUAAUUUUUUAAUAGGGAUUUUAUAUAAAUAAAAAAAAACCCCUCAACUUAUAAUGAGUUAGCAUUGUCGAUAAAACCCUUUCUAAUUUCAAAGUUUCCAAAGGCACAUUCCAGCUACUCGGAAUCGCAUCGUUAAUAAUUUCUUCUAAACUAGAAGAACUCCAUCCUCCCACAAUCAGCGAUUUUGUAUUAUACGUCGGCGCUUUUUCACAAAAAGAAAUUUACUCAAUGGAAAAAAGGAUCCUCAAAAACCUUGGCUGGCGAAUCCUUCCAGCCACAUUAAACCAUUGGUGCAACUGACUAAUGGCCCAAUGGGACGAUUUUGUAGUUCACACAAUUAAGGAAUUCGAUAUAAGAUUCAAAAGGGCUGACAAAAAAUCAUAUAGACUGUAUAGAGAGGUUAUCGGGAUUUUAGACGGCGCCAUCCUUGAUUCUUCACAUUUAAACCAUUCACAGCCAAAGCUAGUCGCGGCGUGUAUUUAUUUAGUAUUACAAAGGGAAAUCUGUACAGGCGAGCAUUCAGCGAGUUUUGAAAAACAUUUCGAAUAUUGAUUAGGGGCUACUCUAGAAGUAGCGUCGACCGUGUCGCUUCUGAAAGCAAAAGAGUAUCUUCAGCAGUUUUUGGGACUACCUAUAGGGUAUGACUUACCAAAAAUUUAUGAAGAUUUCCCGAGAGAUUCAAUAGCAAAGAGCUAUGAAGAUUUCUUGGGUUUUCAGAUCCAUAACUCUGAAAUAAUGCCUUUUAUUAAGGCAAUAAUAAGAAAUAAUAGAUAG